AUGAUCAAAAAGUAUUUUAGUUUUGAUUUUCAGGUUAUUGGAAAAGUAUAAGGUAAUAAAGAUCAUAAAUCAUAAUAGGAGUAUAUUUUAGAAAAUUUACAAAAGAACAAGGAACUAAUUUAGGAUUAGUAGGAUGGGUUGAAAAUUAAAAAGAUGGAUCAGUCAAAGGAGUUGUUUAAGGUGAUCCAAAAAAAUGUGAAGAAAUGUAAAAUAAUUUUUGAUUAUAUAACUUUCUUAGGAUACAUUGGUUAUCUAAUGUUGGAUCUCCAAAAAGCAAGUAUUUGAAUUGAUUUUUAAUUAUAGAAUUGAGAAGAUGAUCAAAACAAAUGAAAGGGAAAUUGAUAAAUUAUAAUAUAAAGAUUUCUCAGUUAGAGAUGAUAAAAAAUAGAAGUGAU